CUGACAGUCAAAUUAUUUUAAAUUUUAUCUGUUUAAAUAUUUUUUAGAGUAUACCUGAUCAUGUUGUACCACUUGUUUUCUUUCAUCCACUAAGUUUUAUAUUAAAGAAAAAAGGAAAGCAAAGUAGUAUUAUCACAAUAUUUGCAAUAUGGAACACAAUGAUGGGAACUUCAUUGCUUAGCAUUCCAUGGACUAUACAAAAGGCCGGAUUUGCAUGUGCUGUAGCAUUAAUGGUACUUAUGGCUUGUCUGUGUUUUUAUACAGCUUAUAGAAUUUUAAACAUGUCAAAAUUGACUGAUUUAUCUAAUAUGAGACUAGAAUUUUCUGAUAUAUGCAGACAUCUCAUGGGUAAAUGGGCUGAAUGGCUAGCUGUAUGGUUUUCUUUUAUUAUACUUCUUGGUGGUGCCAUUGUGUACUGGGUAUUUAUGAGCAAUUUCUUAUAUAAUACAGGAGUUUAUAUUCAUGGCUCUAUUCAUAAUAACAAUACAGUUUCACAAGAUACUCAUAAUUCAUCUGAUGGUAAUUAUAUCUAUUAAAAUUUAUAUUUUCAU